ACUACUACUUCAUCUACUACUACUAGUACUAUUACUACUACUACUACUACUACAACAUCUACUACUACUACUACAUCUACUACUACUACUACAUCUACUACAUCUACUACUACUACUACUACUACUACAUCUACUACUACUACUACUACUACUACUACAUCUACUACUACUACUACUACUACAUCUACUACUACUACAUCUACUACUACAUCUACUACUACUACUACUACUACAUCUACUACUACUACUACUACUACUACAUCUACUACAUCUACUACAUCUACUACAUCUACAUCUACUACUAUUACUACUAUUACUACUACUACAUCUACUACAUCUACUAUUACUACUACUACUACUACUACUACAUCUACUACUAUUACUACUACUACUACUACUACAUCAACUACUACAUCUACUACUACUACUACUACUACUACUACUACAUCUACUACUACUAUUACUACUACAUCUACUACUACGAUUACUACGAUUACUACUACUACUACUACUACUACUACUAUUACUACUACUACAUCUACUACAUCUACUACUACUACUACAUCUACUACUACAUCUACUACUACUACUACAUCUACUACUACUACUUCAACUACUCCUAUUACUACUACAUCUACUACUACUACUACAUCUACUACUACUACUACUACUACUACUCCAUCUACUACUCCAUCAACUACUACUACUACUCCAUCUACUACUCCAUCUACUACUCCAUCUACUACUACUACUCCAUCUACUACUCCAUCUACUACUACUACUACUACAUCUACUACUACUACUACUACUACUAAAUCAUCUACUACUACAUCUACUAUUACUACUACUACAUCUACUACUACUACUACAUCAACUACUACAUCUACUACUACUACUAUUACUAUUACUACUACAUCUACUACUACUAUUACUACUACAUCUACUACUAUUACUACUACUACUCCAUCUACUACUACAUCUACUACUACUACUACUACUACAUCUACUACUAGUAGUACUAUUACUACUACUACUACUACUACUACUACAUCAUCUACUACUACUACAUCU